CCUCCAUAACAGACCAAUUCCAUACAAUUACGCAUCAAUUCCAUAGCUAUACACGCAACAGAUAAUACAUCUGAAAGAAACACACAUAUAUAACUUAUAUGAGAUAAUUUAACUACCUUUUACCUCCCAAAACGACGCCUGUUCAAUACAAGUGGAAACAAACGGCUUUCAAAGCAAAAAGUGGAUAACAUCCAUCAUUACUAAACUUGACAAUAUCAAUGGAGCAAAAUGUGGCAAAGUUUGUAGAAGAAGCCGCAGGACAAAAUCCAGUCCCAGCAUCAAUGUCCAUAGAGGAUAUAAUUGAGCAGAGUAUCGGACGCAUAAACUCGACUCAGAUCUUACAAGCCAUCCUCACAGCGCUAGCAGCACUGUUUGAUAGUCAGCAAACAUACAUAAGUAUAUUUGCUCAUGCUCAACCAACUUGGCAUUGCACAAGUAGUAAUGCUAAUAGCAAAAUCUCAUGCAGUUCGAAUAAUAACUCCAACAUAUGUCGCCUCUCCAAGAGCGAUUGGGCUUGGGAUUCUCCCAACGUGCACACUUCAAUCAUAUCCGAGUGGGAUCUCGAAUGUGCUAGUUCCUUCAUCACCGGCUUCCCAACCACUUGCUACUUUGUAGGGUGCUUAUUAGGUGGGUUGGUGUUAGCCACACUUGGUGAUUCAUCAAUUGGGCGAAAGAAGCUCUUAUGCAUUUCAUUCCUUUUUAUGUCACUUGCUGCACUUGCUUCUUCAUUUUCUCCAAAUUUAUGGGUGUAUUCACUAUUGCGUUUCCUAUGUGGGAUUGGUCGUGCUCCACUUACCAUCACUUCAAUAGUUUUACAGACAGAAAAAACUUGCAAACGAUGGCGAUCACAGCUAAUUAUGAUUGGGUUUAUCAACAUCUCAUUGGGGAUAUUAACAUUAACUGGUAUUGCAUAUCUAACCAAGGCUUCUUCUUGGAGAAAUUUAUAUCUAUGAACAUCUAUUCCAGGAAUUAUAUGUUCACUAGUAUGUUAUUACUUCAUCUUAGAGUCACCAAGAUGGCUGUUUAUGCAAGGACGAACCCAAGAUUCUAUGGCCGUUUUAAAGAAACUCGGAUCGAGUACUAGCCUAGUUUACUCAACCUUGAUCAUAAACAACAUGGCUAAUCUACAAGAGGGGACAAAGGAGAGUAGUUCAUUUGCAUCUCUCAAGAUACUAAUCAAUAAAAGAUGGGCGGUCAAAAGAUUAUUGGCAACUAUGCUUCUAGCUUUUGGCCUUGGUCUUAUGUACUUUGGCAUGUUUUUAGGUGUUGGAAACUUAGGUUUUAAUAUCUACUUAACCGCAGCAUUUAGUGCAUUAUUGUCUUUACUAUCUUAUCUAAUAACAUUCCUUUACUGGGUUCCAAGAUGCAACAGAAGGAUUUCUUUGCUCGGCUUCUGCGUGAUUAGUGGAAGUACAAGCAUUAUUUUUUCCGUAUUAGGAAAUCAUAGUAAUCAGGGAUUAAUUAUCAGCUUGGAGGUGGUGUCUCUAUUUUGCGCUUGCAUGGCAUACAAUCUAGUAUUGAUGUAUACAGUGGAGCUCUUUCCUACUUGUGUUCGAAAUUCGGCCUCAUUGAUCGUAAGGCAGUCGAUGAUCUUUGGAUCAGUUUUUGACUCAGUGUUGAUUCUACUAGGGAGGCAAAACAAGAUGUAUAGUUAUGGGGUGUUUGGAAUUACAGUUCUUGUUUGUGGGUUUUUGGUUCUCUCUUUGCCUGAGACGAGAGGUAAGGUGUUGUGUGAUACCAUGGAAGAACAAGAACUUAGGGAUGUAUGAUAGAUUGAUAGUACUAUAGUAGUAGCACCUCAAUAAUUUGAUUUUAUUUGAAAUGUAUUAGUGAAACCAUAUAGAAUAUAAUUUCUAUAUAUAUAUUUUUUGGCUUCAAAUGAGUUGUUACACAAACUUGUUGGAUUAUGUUCCAAAAUUAGUCAAAUAGUUUUCCUAAUAGUUACGAUUAGAUGCUAAUAAUUAGUUAGUGGGUUAACAAAUAGUGGUCUAGAUAAUGGUCUAGUUAGUGGGAUAGCAAGUAGUGGGCUACAUAGUGGACAUGUUAUUAGUAGUGUUUUGUAAGCCUGGCCUAUAAAAGGCACUUAUUGUAUUGAGAUUAAUUGAGCAAGUUUAAUGCAAAACUUCUCCAUAUUUUAUUCAAUCUCCUCUCUACUCUAAAAACUAUCAUGGUAUCAAGAGCUUUAGGUUAGAUCCUUGGAGGCCAAAAAAAAAAAAAAAAAAAAAAAAAAAAGAGGAAGUAAGAAGUAAGCCAUUGCAGGCCAUCUUCUGUUUUAUGAAUGAAAAAAAAUAUCGGGCAAACCACCAUGGCAAGAGUGGUUGAAAAGAAAAAUAUUUGUGUUUAUAUGCAAAGUGGUGAAGAGAAGUGCUUCACAAAGUCGUGGUGAAGAGAAGUGCU